CUUCUCUGAGAAAUAGACAUCUGGCUUGUUUGAUAUCCUGGAGAAGAACGGGGUAUGUGGCUUUCUGAUAAACCGUGUUGCUGAGUCACGGCUGGGAAGUCUUUACAGAGAUCCCCUUCCGACUGGUAGCAGGUUGCUCGGCACACCUCGUCACAACUUCUGGCUGAGACAGGACAAGCAAAGCCGCUUCCCACCAAGGGCGUUUCAGACAUGAAAGCUCACCAUCUUCCCUAGAGGGUCCCGGCCCUGCAAAAAAUUACCCAGCGCAUCUGCGGGGAAGACUGGUGGCAAACGGUCUGUGGUGGAAGGAAGCUCUCGGCAACUGUUGGUGGCCAGCUAAGGAGAAGAUGGCAAGUUGGCUUCGUAAUCCCUCAAAGGAACCAGAGAUUGAGCUGUUUGUAAAGGCUGGCUUGGAUGGACAGAACAUUGGAAACUGCCCGUUCUGUCAAAGCCUCUUUAUGGUAUUAUGGCUCAAAGGUGUCAGAUUUAAUGUCACCACUGUGGAUAUGACAAGGAAACCGGAUGAGCUGAAGGAUUUGGCCCCAGGCAUCAACCCUCCGUUUUUAGUCUUCAACAAGGAGCUCAAAACAGAUUUUCUGAAGAUUGAAGAUUUUCUGGAGCAGACGCUCUCACCACCUAAGUAUCUUCAUUCCCUAUUUUGCUCGCUCAUUCAAUUUCUUUCCAAAUUUCUUUCCAAGUUUUUAUGCAGUGUAUAUUUGGAGGUGGAGACGCUUAUUGCCGCCAAGAAGUAUCGCAACUUUGAGAUCCCUUCGGAGAUGACUGCAGUUUGGCGCUAUCUCCAUCAUGCUUAUGCCCGGAAUGAGUUCAGCCACACUUGUCCAGCCGAUGAGGAGAUCAAACGCACUUACGCCAGCGUGGCGAAGAAGAUGAGCUAAAGAUCAUGCUCUGGAAGUUGGUGCCUGCAAAGCAAGGGUGGGAUUCUACCGGUUCGGACCGGUUCUAUAGAACCGGUUGUUAUGAUUCUGUGCAGUUCGGAGAACCAGCAAAUCGUGACCCUGGCUGACCCCGCCUCUAUCUGCCCACCCCUCCCCUCCCUGCCCAGUCAGUCCUUAUCGCACAUGUGCGACAUCAUUGACUGUGUUCUCCCCUUUCCCCUUCCAGUGGGAAAAUGCUUGAGAUACCCGCCAUCUCUCUUUUACACGAUGGACUAUGGCAGCACCUUCUUUACAAACUGCUCACCAUCAGAAGGCCUUCACACAGAUCAUCAUCAUCAUCAUCAUCAUCAUCAUCAUCAUCAUGCCCCGUGUGGAGCACAUGUGACAGCCAAUGUUUUCCAGUGGUUUUGAUCAUUCGCAGCAUCUUCAGCAUUGUCCCAAUCUUAAACUUCACUUAAUGAAAUAAAAUGAAACCUAAAAUGGACACCUAACAUCAAGAACGUCAUCAGAAAAGCACAACGAAGAAUGUUCUUUCUGCGUCAACUCAGAAAGCUCAAACUGCCCAAGGAGCUGCUGAUCCAGUUCUACAGAGGAAUUAUUGAGUCUGUCAUCUGGGCCUCUAUAUCUGUCUGGUUUGGUUCUGCAACCCAACAGGGCAGACAGAGACUUCAGAGGCUAAUUUGGACUGUAGAAAAAACAAUUACUACCAACCUGCCUUCAAUUGAGGACCUGUAUA